AUGGAAGGGUUUGCCGCCCAGAAUACCCAAGACGUCGAUCUCUAUUCAAAUUCUACAGCUUCUGACCUCCAAGACCUUAUCUCCUCAAAUCCAAACCGAGCCAAAAAAAAGAGGAGCAUCACAGGAAAUCUUGAUCCGAACGCUGAGGUGAUCGCUUUAUCUCCCAAGAGCUUGCUAGCCAAAAAUAAGUUUGUUUGUGAGGUCUGUGGGAAAGGUUUUCAAAGAGACCAAAACCUGCAGCUUCACAAAAGAGGCCACAACCUGCCAUGGAAGCUUAAGCAGAGGCAGAACAACGAGGUUGUGAGAAGAAAGGUUUAUAUCUGCCCUGAGCCUUCUUGUUCUAAUCACGAUCCUUCGCGAGCUCUGGGCGACCUCGCCGGUAUAAAAAAGCACUUUUCUAGAAAGCAUGGAGAGAAGAGAUGGAGCUGUGAUAAGUGUUCUAAGAAGUAUGCGGUGCUCUCCGAUUGGAAGGCACAUUCCAAGAUCUGUGGUACUAAAGAAUAUAGAUGCGAUUGUGGAACCAUUUUCUCAAGGAGAGACGGCUUGAUCACACACAAAGCCUUCUGUGAAGUAUUGGCAAUAGAGAAUUAUAGGAGAAUGAUGAGAACAAGCCCAUUUAAUCAACCCUUUCUUCCUCAUCCCACAGCCUUGCACAAUUUGGACAGCUCCACCUCAGCUGGCUUAAUACCAGAAAUCCCAGAACUGAUAUCAACGGCAACCACAUCACCUAACCAUCACCAUAUAAAUUAUAUUAAUCAUUCAAUACACUCUUCAAAUCUAUGCGGCCAUUUGAAACCUUCUCCUCUUCCUUCUCUAAGCUUUUCAGCCACUGCAUUGCAGCAAAAGGUAACUGAGAUGAGUUCCAGUGUGACCAGACCCUCAGAGCUCCAUGCUUUGUUUUCUUCAAAUAGUCAGGAAUGGAGUAAUGGUGAUUUCGGACAUGGUACAUCGGUUUCAACCCCUCUUCAGCUCCAGUCAUUUCUUUCUUGUUCAGAAUUUGUUUAUCCUAAUGAAGAACCAAUGGGAGGACUAGUAAUGAGUGCAAAGAGAGAGGAGGGAAGGGAAGAGGAUUUCAGGGUGGCAAUGAAUUAUGCGGGAGAUCAAACUGGAAGAAAUGAGAGCACCAGAGAUUUCUUACGGCUAAGAGUAGCCUUGCAUGAGGAGCUUCUCAACUUAUCUGCUGUGGAGACUUGCAUGGGCUCUUCUGCAUCAUUUGGGUAGCCAAGAAUAAUAUGAGCAACCAGAACUUUCAA